GGCUCUACUCCUUUGUUGCAGAGGGGGCAAAGCCUGGCAUUUCUAGGUGAAUGGUGGUCUCCAUUAGCUGCAAUCGGCCAACAGCAAAGCCGAAACCUCAUAAGGCCUCUGAUGGUGUCUGGUGCCCAUCCGUGGACGCUGGUCACCUUCCUGCAGUAUGUGCUUUCUUCUGACAUAUCGUUCAGCUCGAAGACAACAGCAGCAGCUGAACCCCAAAUGGACUACGAUGCUCUGUAUCGUCGCCGCGACGCUGCGGCCCGGCGAAUACAGGCUGCAUGGCGCGCGCACCGAGGGCGCAAGGCCUUCUUGAAGAUACGGAAUGCAGCGCAACGCAUCCAGACCAUGGCGAAGGGUUGGUAUGUCCGCAAGAAGGUUGCGGAGCAGCGCGGGCGGCAGGAGAUGGAGCAGCGCUUUCAUACCGUAAUGGACAAGCACAGGGAGAAGAUUCGGAUCCUGGAGGCGGAGAAGCGCGCGCUGCUGGCACUGCCCGGGGCCGAGCUGGAGGAGUGGGAGCGCCGCCGCUUCCUGGCGGCCGUGCGCGUGCAGGCGGCGUGGCGGGGGCUGGUGGCGCGGCGGAAGAUGGCCAAGUCGCCGGAGCGUGCGCGGCGAGAGCAGGCAGCGCUCAAGAUCCAAGCCGCCUUCAAACGCAUCCUGCACUCCAAGCGCGCCUCGGGCGCCCUCGCCUCCGCCGUCGCCGCCGCCGGCAACCCGCUCACCACCGCCACGGCCGCGGCUGCGGCGCAGCGGCAGUCGUACCUCAUGCGGCAGAGCGGCGCGUCGGUGCUGCUGGGCAGCCCCCGCCUGCAGGGCAGCCCCGAGUCGGCGCGGGGAGGAGGCGGCCUGAGCCCGCAGCAGCAGGCAGCGGCGGGCGUGACGGGGCUGGCCGCGGCGGCGGCGGCGGAGGGCGCCGUGGGCCGCGGCAGCAGUGUGAUGGGGCCCCGGAGGUACAAAGAGCUCAAGGCGCAGGUUGACGGCAAGCUGGCUGCACACGUGGCGCUGGCCAAGGCGCGCGGCGCCGCCAAGCGCCCCGACCCCGGCAUUGCGGACGCCCGGCUGGCGGAGUUGCUGCGCGACUACCACACCUCGGCGCCGGCGCGGCUGGCGGACGCGCACACGCGGCAGCGCAACCUGGUGGUGGUGGACACGCUGUGCGUGCAGCUGGAGCAGAUGCGGCCCCUGAAGGAGCUGCCUCCAGACGUGGCCCCUCAGGACUUCCCGCGGCCGCCGCGGGGCACCGAGCGUGCUGAGCGGGCGGCACAGGCGCACGCACUCAGCCUGACUGACGCGCGCGUGGGCAAGUGGUGGACGCACCUGCGCAGCCUCAACACGCAGGCCGUGCAGGAGUCGCUUCUGGCGGAGGACGAGGAGCGCUGGGAGGCCAUGGACGCGCGCUGGCGCCGCAUGUGGCAGGAGCUGGAGGAGCAGGAGAACCGGCGCCCGGACACUGUGGACCAGUACAAGCCCCGCACGGGUGUGGGCGCGGCGGCGGUGGCUGCGGCGCGGCAGGCGGCGGCAAUGCUGAGCAAGGAGGAGGAGUACGCCCGCCGCUCGGCGGCAGCGGCGCUGGCUGUGCCGGAGGCGCCGCUGCCGGGCACCGACGGCGGCCGCACCUCGGGCCGUGCGGCUCUGGCGGAGGCGGCGCGGCAGGAGGCCAUGGCGGCAGCGGCGGCGCGCAGGUCGCAGGCAGCGGGUGCGGGUGGGGGUGGAGGGCCAGCUGGGCCCAUGGCGGGGCAGCUGUGAGCCCAGGGGUUGCGGCUCGGGCGGCAGCGGGUUGAGAAGGCGGAGAUGGUGACGCCGUGGAUGACGGUGUGCGCAUCUAGCUAUGAGUACCGUAGGCGGUGACUAUUAUGGCACGUAUGGACUGUGGAGGUGGCGCGUGCACCCCAGGAAUAAUUCGACUGUAUUAAGAGAUGCCCUAGGCGAAUGGCGACGGAGGGGCUAUACUCAGAAUGGACGUGCCAUAGUCUCAAGGACUCGAGCAGGGGUGCUCUCAGGACUGACAGGAGUCAAUGGCGCCUCAAGGGUGAUGGCGCCUACAUUUCUUUGGGGUGCAGUUCUAAGGGAGCAUUUUCUGGGAAGGGUGGUGUUCAUACGUCCAUGAGCAUGAUGCCUAGACUAAUGCUGUAAUGCACAAGUGACUACUGGCGUUGUCGGUUGGCCGAUGGCGAGUCGGUGACGGCCGAGUUCAGUUGACAUACGGAAUGGCAAAGACUGUCGGUGAGCCGGCGCUCUCUUCCGCAGUGGCCCGCUAGCAUGGAACCCACAGCAUCCGAAUACAGCUAUGUGUC